AUGGUGGUUACGCUAAUGCUAAUAGAUUCUAGUACAAUAGUACAAUUAAUAUUAUCAUUAUCAGGAAGUACUGUAGUAUCAAGUAGGCCGGCCGCACAUUCGUCCUUUAGAAUGCUGCGGAUGAGUACAGAGUACAAGAACAUAAAUGCAGACACUAUGUACGAUGUACUGCAUGACCCUGAGUACAGAAAGACCUGGGACAAGCAUAUGGUGGAGAGCAAAGAUUUAGGAGCUUUAAACCCAAACAACGACAUCUCUUAUUAUGCUAUCAGAUGCCCUCCUCCCCUCAGAAAUAGAGACUUCGUUCUUCAGAGAUCCUGGUUACAGACUCAGCAGGAAUAUUUUAUCAUCAACCACAGCGUCUUUCAUAAACAGUGUCCGAGAAGAAAGGAUUAUAUCCGAGGAGUCUCUCAUCUUACAGGUUUUCUUAUAACUCCCAUGGGAAAGGGGUGUAAACUAGGUAAGAACAUAAUAUUAUCUUUCAUUAUGAUAAAGAGACUGGAGAAAGCAGCUGAAAACUACCGGAGCUGGAAGCAGUUUAACCGUCCUGGUUUCAAACCCUGGUUGUACCCGGAGCAACUAGAGAAUAGGAUAUCCAUCCAGGACUGUAUCAGGGAUGAAGGAGAUGAGGUUUCAACCCCUGAGGAUGAAAGUCAGCUGAUGGAAGACGAUCUUCAACUUCAAGUUCAAGACUAAUCAAUCAAUCAAUCAUUAAUUCAUUCCUUUGCGGAUUUUCGUCCACCAACUAUCUGUAUACUGUCUGAACUGAGAAAUCAUCGUAUCUGACUUAAAUAAAUCUAUGGAAUAGGAAGACGACAUUAAAGCAAUUCUGAAGUUUAUUUGAUGUUGUUACAAAGCAAAUAUUUUUAUAUU